GCAUAAAGCCCAACGAGGCUAAGGCCCAUAUUACUCAAAGAGAGGUGCCGUGAGGUUGCACGUGAAAGCCAUCUGCGGAUUACCGCCCAUGAAUGCAUCAAGAUCAAAUCCUACCCAUCAUUGUCACCGUAAAACCUGCUUGACUAAGGGUUCUAUGAUUCAUGUCGUAAAACCUGGAUGCAGUUAUCGACCUCUUCGGCUAUAUAAGCAUGACUAUGCGUUACGCUCAAUGAACAAGAUGUUGAUGUCAAAGGCUUUCAGAAAAUUACCAAGACUAAUAAUGACCAAUUUUCUCUAAAUCACAAUGCUUUCAUUCAAUUAAGCUCAAUUAUUGAGGAACAAUUUCCUGAGGAUGAUGAUUUUAGAGAUUCAAAAUCUAAGCCAUCUCCUACCAACAACAUUCCUUUGCCUCUUACAUCUCAAACACUUCCUAUGCCUUUUGAAGGUGAGGUUAAUGUAUUAAACCCUUCUGAAAUAGUGGAAAAUUCAAGUCCUCCUUGUAUUGUCAUAUGGGAGCUUGAGCAACUGGUCUCCGAGAAUUAUUUGGAUUACGAGAACUUGUCUUUGUUGACUGAUUUCUUUGUUAAGUAUCCAUCAGUUCUUUUAAGGGACACUUCACUGAGUACUAGAUACAAGUGUUAUGCAUACACUUGUCUAGCUGAGCUAUUACAAUUCCUCCAAACCCAUAGUGUGCUAGAUGUGUUAGCUUCAAGUCAUUCUGAAUUCGUUAAGCUACUACACAAUUUGCGCAGCUUUGGUUUUGAUAAGGAUUGGUUGGAUAGUGUUGAAAGACGUGCUUUGUUUUCGGAUAUAAAAGUCUCUCAAGAUGCAUUGCAAAAACUGUUGGAUUCCAAGCAACAAGUCUCCAAAGAAGUUGAAGUGUUGGGUUUGAAAAUAGACAUUUUAAGUCAACAUGUGGAAGAUCUUAAGCAUCAACUGACAACCUCUGAGACUGUUUUGAAGAGUAUCAUUCAAGAAGAGGCACAAGUUUUAGAAACUAAGGCUACUUUCAGUGCCCCUCUUGGUUAUUAGACUAUCUUUUGUUGUUGGAUCUUUUAUCCAUGAAUAUUGUCUAUUUCUUGUGUACUUUCUUCUUCUCUCGUUUGAUAUAAACUACCAUCACAAUCCUACAUAGAAAAUUGUAAGAUUUUCGAUUUAUUUUUCCAAACAAAAUUGAAGCAGAAUAUAUCUAUAAUUUCCAAA